AUGUCCUUCACAAAUCUCUACUACAAGCGGGCGGUCGCGACUGCCCGGCCCUGCUACAUCUGCUACAAGCCGACGACCACCGUGCUCGCCACUAUCCAGACUAUCGAUUUCAUCUACGUGUGUGACUCCCACCUCUCGGAUCCGGGCUUCGCGAGUCAGGUGGGUGAGGCCAAGGAUGGCAUUGGGGCUGGCGGCGCGAAGAUGGGGCUCUCCCCAGAUGAGAUCGCGAGGGUGAAACAGGAAUGGGAGGAGCGUCAGAAGAAGAAGCAGGGGGAGGAGAAGGAGAAAGGCAAGGAGAAAGAGAAGGAGAAAGAGGAGAAAGAGAAUGACAAGGAUAAGGCGAGCUCGGACAACGGGGACAAGGGCGAGAAGAAGACCGAGACAGGCAGCAAGACCAGCUCGAAACCUGCCUCGAGCCCGAGUUCUGGUACGUCGACUCCCUCUCCGACUGCGAAACCCUCGCAUGAGCGAUACACACUACAUCGUGACUAUUUCGCGAUGCGCCUCGCCGACCAUCGCAAGCGCAGACAGGCAGCUCAGACGAAAGAGCUUGCGCCUCGAUUGCCUGGUGCACCCAAG